AGCUGAUGACGCAUGACGCAAAAUGAGGAAGUGAACUUUGUAGUAGGUGUUAGCAAAUGUUGUUAGCGUAUAUGUUUUGUAUUUAUUUAUUUAUUUUUUACCGUGGAGGAGGCACCUCGUGUAAUAAUACAGACUUAGAAAGUGGAACCAAAGAUACUGAACCAAAGAUGACUGAACCUUCACGUGCGAGCUCAAGUUUCACGACCUGGAUGGCACAGUUGGGUGCCAUUGCUUCAAUAAUCUGUGCGAUUGGUGGCGCUGCUCUCUUCGCCUCUGUUCACAAGAUUGAGGAGGGACACACUGGAGUUUACUACAGGGGAGGAGCUCUCCUGACCACCACCAGUAACCCUGGGUUCCACCUGAUGAUGCCUUUCAUCACUAACUUCAAGUCUGUGCAGACCACUCUACAAACGGAUGAAGUGAAGAAUGUACCAUGUGGCACAAGUGGGGGAGUGAUGAUUUACUUUGACCGGAUAGAAGUGGUGAACUACCUGGUGCCCUCAGCAGUGUAUGAUAUAGUGAGGAACUUCACAGCGGAUUACGACAAGGCCCUGAUCUUCAACAAGGUUCACCAUGAGCUCAACCAGUUCUGCAGCGUCCACUCUCUACAGGAGGUCUACAUCGGCUUGUUCGCCUCUGUCUCCAUUGUGUGUGUGUGUGUGUGUGUGUGCGUGUGCGUGCGUUGGUUUCCCUCCUCAGACCAGAUAGAUGAAAACCUGAAGCUGACCUUACAGGAGGAUCUGACCUGCAUGGCUCCUGGACUCAUCAUACAGGCGGUCCGAGUCACAAAGCCCAACAUUCCUGAGAGCAUUCGGAGGAACUACGAGAUGAUGGAGGCUGAGAAGACAAAGCUUCUGAUUUCUGCUCAGACUCAGAAGGUGGUGGAGAAGGAGGCAGAGACAGAGCGGAAGAGGGCUGUGAUCGAGGCAGAGAAGUUAGCUCAAGUGGCUGAAAUCAAAUUUAGCCAGAAAGUCAUGGAGAAAGAAACAGAGAAAAGGAUCUCUGAAAUUGAAGACGGAGCAUUCUUGGCUAAGAUGAAGGCCAGGGCCGAUGCAGAGUUCUACACAGCAGAGAGAGCGGCCGAGGCCAAUAAGUUGAAGCUGACGCCAGAGUAUCUGCAGCUUAUGAAGUUUCAGGCCAUAGCAGCUAACAGUAAGAUCUACUUUGGGAGUAAGAUCCCCCAGAUGUUUGUUGACUCUGGCCCCUCCUCCACUAAGGCCUCUGAUGCCAUGGACGUCCUAACUGAACAGAUCCUGGACCUAGACUGAUGGAAAGGAGAAGAGAAGAGACCCAUCCCAGGGCUGGAGCUGUGGAGCUGGGCCCAUGUCAGCCACAAGAUCCCUCUCCCAUAUGAAUUGGCUGAGUGUCUUCACCUUAUCUCACCAGGAUCGUCUCACAAUAGCAGAAGUAACAGAUCUUAACUAGCCCACUGAAUGAACAUUACUUUACCUCCGUUUCAGAGAGUGAGCAUUGAUGUUCAAUUGUUUUUUGACUCAAGAAAAGUCAAAGUUGACUUGUUUUCUCUCAAUUAUCUGUAAUUAUGCUGGGCAAAAGGCCAUUAUAUUCAUGUCUGCUCUUGAGAGAGUGUCCUAGACACAACAGAGUAUCUGUUAGAAUUGAGAUGUUGAGAAACCAGCUUCUCCUUGAGUGGGAACAUUGUCCCAUUUUGGAACAGAGAGAGCAAUGGCUUCUCUGCCAGUAGUAGUCAUAGUAUGAGGGAUACAGAUGAACAACUCUGAUAACGACAACUUGACAAACCACACUACACUCAAAGCAUGUUCUACUAGUGGUGUUUGACGGUUGGUCUCAUGCUUUGCCACUCGUUUUAAACCAUCCCAUUUUAUUUUCUGGUAUUGACUACAAAUGUUGUAGGAAUGGCAUUGAACUACACAGAUGGAUACCUUUUCUGAAACUGAGGCAGACUUUGGGCUGAAACUCUCCUGGUUUUGCUUGGGAAGGGAAGGGGGGUGACAUUAGAAAAGGGUUCGGGACUCACUAUAAAAGUAUUAUAAAUUAUCUUCAGCAUCAAAUCUUCCUGGGAAUUUGGGAUUUGUGACAUUAUCUAAUUGUACAUUAUACAAAAAGUUCUACAUGCAAUACAAGCCUCACACUCAUUGAUGAACCAUCUUAACCCUCUGCUAUUGCCUAUCCCCAUGAUUUGGUGAAGGGGUGAUACCAACCAAAUCCAAUUUUAUUGGUAACAUACACAUAUUUAGCAGAUGUUAUUGCGGGUGUAGUGAAAUGCUUGUGUUCUUAGCUCCAACAGUGCAGUAGUAUCUUAACAAUUCACAACAAUACACACAUCUAAAAGUAAAAUAAUGGAAUUAAUAAAUAAAUAAAUAUUAGGAUGACCAAUGUCGGAGUGACAUUGACUAAAUAGAAUACAGGAGAAUAGAAUACAGUAUAUACAUAUGAAAUUAGUAAAGCAGUAUGUAAACAUUAUUAAAGUGACCAGUGACUCCAUGUCUAUGUACAUAGGGCAGCAGCCUCGUAAGGUGCAGGGUUGAGUAACUGGGCGGAAGCCGGCCAGAGAGCACUAUUUAACAGUCUGAUGCCCUGUCCAACCACUCAGUUCAGUAUUCGAGAAAAAAAUUAAAAAUAGCAACUUUUGUCGUUAUCUGCUAGGCAUUUCAUACAGGCUCUACAUGGAAACAUUUUUUUUUCCUGACAUUGGAUACUAAGAGCAUUACAGGUGCGUGUUUUAACAGUACAUUUUAUCAUCUGCGUCUCGUCUGCGGUUCAUGACAGAUCAUGUCCAUAUAUAUUAAUUCUGUCAUUGUGACGCAUGUUCGCUGAAUAUUGGACCAGGCCUCUUGUUAUUUUCCAAAUAAAAUCUCUCUGUCAUCUUACAUGGAAUGGUGGAAAUAAAAAACCAAUAGUGUUUUUUUUCUUAUUAAAGUGAUUUCUUUACAUAAAAGCAAACAAAAGCUGACUUGUCUUAGUCAUUCAUAUUGGAAGGAUGAGUCAAUGGUAUAAACAUGUAAUGGGGUUUUCAUGAAAGAUGCAACUGUAACUUUUUGACUAUUUCACACACUGGUGCCCUCAGUGUAGUGUUGGACUGAGUUCAUUUGGGGUGAAUCAUUUGUAUGUUUUUCACCAACGCUUUGACUAAAGCAAUGACUUGUUUGAGAGGCACUUGGGUUGUAUCCAUUAAACUGUUCUCUCAAUGUAACACUGGUUUGUUCUGGCUGUGUAAACUGUUUGUUAGACUCUCAGGUUGACUUGACUGAUUAUGACUUGAAGGAGACUCUUUUGCACUCGCUCACUGAUGUUAAAUUGUGAAUCAGAAAUCCAUCAUUUUGUGAUUUACACGAUUAAACGUUUUUCUUUGAUGACGAGGUA